CAGAUUUCAUAGGCAGCUGGCAGAUUGACUUUUGACGUUAAUGAGCAAAUGUGCUUCCAUUAGUCGAGUCCUUUUAAGUUGUUGCAGUCGAUUUUAGUUAAAUUCCCGUUUAUUUGUUACCUUUUGCUGCCACUCACUUAAUAUCGUUGAUCAAAUAGUUAUACAAACAGUUAAAAUAUCUGUGAAACUCUGCAAAAACAAGGUCAAAAUAAUACAUUUUCACUGUCAAAACUGAUUCAGAAUGUAGUGUGGUGUUUUUUAUUUUUCUGCUUUAAUAGCAGCCUGUUUUCCUAUUGAUUUGGUUACAAUGUCGGAGAUUAAAAUACCGAUAAAUAGGCCCAGUUCGGCAGCUUCACCUCCAAAUUGCGCAAUUUGCUUAGGAAAUUGUACCAACAAAUGUUUUUCAGACUCUUGUCUGCACGAGUUUUGUUUCCGAUGUCUGUUGGAAUGGUCCAAGAUCAAGGCAGAAUGUCCUUUGUGCAAGCAGCCAUUUAAAUCCAUAAUUCACAAUGUUAAGUCAAAUGAAGAUUAUGAUGAACAUGUUGUUGAAACACCUAGAAAUGAAGAAGUGCGCCUUGAAGAUGUAUGGUUCUUGCCAGUACCAAUCACUCCACAGAGGCAUGAGUUUCAUGUCAGAACUACGUUUACUGUGGACUCCAGAGGAGAACAUGCAAUCCAGCAAAUGCUCCUUUCACAUCCCCUGACUGCCGGUGGUCGGAUAACUGUAAACGCAGGGAUUCCUACCUCCAGGAGUCACGGGUUUUCUGCCAGACAUAGAAGGGACUAUUCUGCAACUAGUUUCCGAAGAUCAUUAUAUGCGCAAAAUUUAUGGGUGGAUGCACUUCCCGAUUUGACUGGCCGCUACAGGGAUUGUUCCCCAGUUUUUUUUAGAAAUAAUCCAGGAGCAAGACAACGCCUCGUUCCAUGGCUAAAUCGUGAAUUAAAUGCCAUCCUUUUUGAAAACACUCAACUAAUUAUGCAUUUGGUUGACUUGAUUAUGGAGCGUUUGCUUAGUUAUCAUAUUUGUAGCCGUGCCUUUCGGAAUUUGCUGCGAGAGUAUUUGGAUUCGAAAACUGAUCAGUUUGUCCACGAGUUUUACAGUUUUAUGAGAUCACCAUUUGAUAUGAUCGGCUAUGAUCGCAAUGUAAUGUAUUCAUCAAGGCCGCAAUCCCCAGCCCCCAUUUUAGAAGAUGAUACUGUCGAAGUGCCGGAUUUUAGUGACGAAGAUAGUGAUGUCGUGCUGAUCGGUGAAACACGUACUCCAGAACCUGUUACAAUUAAUUUAAUUGAAAGCAAUUCUGAUUCUGAUGACGAGCCCAUCAUGGUUUCAGGUCAACUGGUUCCCUUGCCGUUACCCGCUCCAAAUUGUAGCCCACCUCCAGAAGUAACAGCGCGAGCUCCUUCUCCAGUGUCUGUGGCAAAUCUUCCUCCUAAACUUAGAUAUAAACAUUUGUGCUUAAGUGAGAAACGUUAUAGGUGGACGAAUAAAACACGACAUUCCUGGUCAAGUUCGUCCAACAGUUCACAAAGUGGAUCUCAGGAACAACAUAAAAAUAAAUCGUAUAAAAAAUAUAAGAAAAGAUUGCUGCUGAAUAAGUUGGCAAGGCGUCGAAUUCUCAAGCUCUCGGAUAGUAGCACGGAAGUCGAGGUCACUAGUGAAUCAGACACGGAUGACAACAAACCACUGAUCGACAUCGUGAAAGAAAUCAAGCACAAAAAAAGCAAAAAGGACAGAAAACGGAAACGCCAUGAAAGUUACACGUUGAAAAGAGACUCAAUGACUGAAGGCAACUCCUCCCAACUCUACCCAAUCGACCUGUCGGCUUCCACUUCAAUGGAGCCGAUGGGCUUGGAUUUAUCUUUACCCAGUUGUUCCAGGUAUCCUAGUACAUCAUCCAAUAGCAAUAGGUUUCACAUCGGGCUCCCAAAAACAAGAUCGACAGUUGAGCUAUCUAACAAUGGUCAGUACACUUCAGUGCAGAUAGAAACAUCAGGUGAUUUAGCUGAUACUUACGAACCUUCCACGUCAAAGACAAAAAUUAAAAUUGUCAGCAAUGGCCACAACAGUCCUCAACAUUCAAGGGACUAUGGGACCGAUGAUAGCAGUAGCAGUACUGAACCUUAUAAGCUACCGAGUGUUCGAAGUGAAAUCAAGGAGGUAAAAGUUGAAAAUCCAGGACCUAGCACAAGUAAAGCAAAACCACUAGUUUUAAGGAGAGAUCGUGAUAAAUGGUACACGCUCUGUGGGAAUGAUUCUUCUGAUUAAUGCGAAUUUACGAUCAGACUAGUUUUUGUUGGAAUAUGUACUCUGUAAUAAUAUACUGUAUUAUUGUAUAUAAUACUGUAAUGUGUAUAUAUUAUUAAAUUAUGUGGUUGAAAAUUGGAUCAAUUUGAGCCGUUUCGUAUUGCUAAAGAAAGAAUAGGCUCCGGAAAUUGGCUCUGUAAAUGGAAACGAAUAUAUAUCCUGGAAACGAAUGUCCCUUUCUCUUCACUGAAAUGUACAUAUUUAUUUAUUUUUAGUUAACUUCUGGCUUAGUUUUGCCAGUGUUCCCAAAGGAAAUUUAGAAUAAUUAUUAUAAUAGUAGAAUACAACGUAGUGGAAGUUAAUAAAUUAUCUUGUACAUAAUACUACUGUCAGUGUAAAUCAGCCAUUACUCGUACCCAAUUGUAGUAUAAAGAUCAAUUCAAAUGAAUUAAAUCACUUUAUUUUAAUUAAUAUUUCACUUUAAGAUCAUUGAUUAUUGCUAUUUUGCAAGUUUUUCACAAAAAAACUUCCGUUUACAGUGCCUAGAGUACUGUAUAAAACUGAAAAAUUUGCAUUGUAAAAUCGUUCAAUUAAAUUGAGGAUGCAACAAGGGACAAUUGUGCUUUUUUCGGCGCAAAUUGGUAAAUAAAUGUGAUACUGCUGAUUAAUAGCAGGAAAUUAUCCUUUUUUGCGCAACCUCAAGCUAAGGUUGUCCUAGGCUGACUUAAAUUAAAUAUUUAUAUUUCAUAUUUUUUCAAUUUUAUGUUCGAUUUUAUUUCCAAUUUACUUAAGCGGUUUUGUUCUAACAACAACUUCGAUCUGACCAGUGAUUUUUUUUUAUUGAACAGUGCAUCUGGUUACAGUAAAUGUUUUACUGUUCAGUUCGAAAUUGCUUAUUGGAACACACUUAUAGUGAUAAAAACCGCUCAGCGUAGCGUAUUUUGAGAUACAGAAGUAUUCUGGUGAAGUUUUCGACUUUACCUAUAGACAAUUUAGCCAAAUAAAGUCGUAUUUUAUACAUGCAA